GUCAAGUCAAGUCAGCGACAGCUGUAGUUUACUUGAUUGGAACUGCUGAUUCUUUGGACUAAUAACUACUCUAAGCAAUGGCUGAACACCUGACACCAGAGCAGAUUGAGGAGUUUAAAGAAGCUUUCUCAUUAUAUGACAAAGAUGGUGAUGGUGCAAUUACAACAAAGGAGCUCGACACCGUAAUAAGGUCUCUUGGACAAAACCCUUCAGAAGCAGAACUACAAGAUAUGUUCAGAGAAAUAGAACAUGAUGGUAGUGGGACAAUCGAUUUUCCUGAAUUCCUCACUCUGAUGGCCCGUAAAAUGAGAGAGGCAUUCCGUGUGUUUGACAAGGAUGGAAAUGGCUAUAUAAGUGGAGCAGAACUCCAUCAUGUGAUGACAUCCCUUGCAGAGAAAUUAACAGAUGAAGAGGCUGAUGAGAUGGUCAGAGAAUCUGACAUUGAUGGAGACGGUCAAGUAAAUUAUGAAGAAUUUGUACAGAAGAUGAUCUCAAAGUGAAGUCAUUCAUGUGUUUUCUAGAAAGAUGUUAAUUUGCCUAUCUUUGAUGUUAAGACAUGCCUGUAAAAAAUUGUAUUCUAAUUAUAUUUGCUUUUUGCUUAAUUUUUUUU